AUGCCUCCGCCAACACCAGCUCCUGCUAGCCCUGCCGUUCCAUCGCCGACACUAAAUACACUACACCCACCUCUUCGUUGCGGAAAAUUUAAAAGUCUCUUGGCUGAUCCAGCAUCCCGUCAGCAACGAAGGGAUGAAGCUCUCAAGAGAAAAGCGAGUGAUACGGCGCCCAAUGUACCAAAUCAAAAGCCCUGUCUGAGUAAGCCGGGGUGUGGAUCUCAGAUUGAAAAAACGACGGGAUGCGACCACAUGACUUGCAAUUGUGAGUUCGAAUUCUGCUACGUUUGCCGUGCACCAUAUGCGGGUCCGCAAGGUAUCCGCAUGAUCAUGGCGAGAAAGAACAAAAAUAAUCCGCGUAUUCCUCCCUGGGUGACAGCUAGACCAUAUUUUAAACACGCCGCACAAGCCUUCAAAGACGCACAUAGACCACAUUGGAAUCCCAAGACAAUAUGGGUUGGCGACCCACUCACGCGUGAUUACUACUCGGCACGCAAAGGUAUAGAUAAACUGUAUGGUUUGCCUCCAGGCCGCGACAUAAUACCACAAAACCCCUACAACGAGGAGGACAUUGCUUACGCAAGAGCCAAUAAGACUUUACCGCUACGGCGUGAUGCACGAGGAAAUCCGAUCCCCCCUGUGCCAGCUGCACCUCCAUUACAUCCACCACGACCAAAGAACAACUACCCCUACGACUUUUGGCCUCAAGAACCUUGGCAUCCCGAUCCAUAUGAUCCAGCACGAGACAUAACAAUGGAGUUUCUCGCAGAGAACACGUAUAUCUUUCUCGAGACUGCACCUAACCAGUGGCCAGUAAGAGAUGAAUCAGAUAUGCGUGGAGCGAAGUGGUUGGGACAAGGAGCAUAUGGCUGCGCGGGAUUAUGGUGCCAAGUAAAUCCAACAUAUGUAAUUGAAAGAAGAUUCGUCAUUAAAGAAGCACGAAUGACUAAAGGGGAUUGGCGAGAUCCCAUUAAGUGGCGCGACCAAGUCCCACAAGAAAUCCGAGUCCACCAACUCGUCGACAGCAAUCGCGCCAAUGCUGUUGGUGAUCAUGAUACAAUCAUUGAACACUACGGGUACCGACUGAUGAUGCGCCAGCGCAGAUACCGCAUUUACCUCGCCUACUAUGAAGGCGGAGAUCUUCAUUCGGCACUACGCGGAAGAAUGCCUGAUCCAGAAUUGGUGGAACUAUACACAUCGCCACGCAAAAGCGAAACCAAAGUCCGGGCAGGCUACUCGUGGGACGCUGAACUACGCUGUUACAAAGACCCAGAAGACAAUCUACCCCCCGUAAUACCCGAGCGACUGAUCUUGGAAAUCAUCGAUUCCCUCGCCAAAGCAUGCCAGAUUCUGCAUUUCGGGCAAGUAAACUACGAAGUCGUGGCUGCAGGAGCAAAAAGAAUCACGCACCGCGACAUCAAACCCGACAACAUCUUCAUUAAACCCUCCUUCGAAUUUGAAGAAUUCCCAAAGUUCGUUCUUGGAGACCUUGGACUCUCGUUCUUCUCGCACGACAGAGACGAAGACAACGGCGUAGCCCAUGGAUCCCGCGCUCCACCUGACAACCCCGACCAAUACGCCUGGUCCCACGAGCAAUUCGACCACCGCUACGCGCCCGAGGUGUACGAGAAAACACAAGAGACGCAUCCGCACCCGAUAGGCGAAAAAACAGAUGUCUGGCAAAUUGGCGCUGUCCUCUUCUGGCUCCUAACCAACGGCUUCGAGCAUUCCUCCCGGGGCCCCAAAGCACUAUUAUACGACAUCCCCACCUACAUCUCACGAGCUGAACGUUUCCCACGAAUAGAAAGGUACGACGGCACAGAUAUGUUUGACGAUGAGCUGUAUCCGACACUGUUGAGGUACGCGCCUGCGCUUAGGAAUCUUUAUGCACGAUGCGUGAAUUGGGAUCCGGAUCAUCGGCCGGGGCUGCAGGACGUAAGAGAGGAUUUACAGCUGAUUUUGAAUGCAGAUCCGGAGAUGAGUGCGGAUAGGACUUAUGGGCCAUUGCUGAUGAGGAUGGAGAAUGAUUUUAUUGUUGGGGCGUUAUUUCCGUUUUAUCCUCAGGGAGGGUUGUAG